UGCGGGAAAUGUUUGGUGGAGUUGUGUGGCGGACCAGUUAAGCUCUUACCGUCAUGAUAAGCUGGCCGUGUGGAUCCAUUGCCUGUAAAACGCGUUGCGUUGCGUCGCGCGUAACGGUGCGAAGAGAUAGGCGAGGAGAGAAGCGAAAUGUCGGACACGAUUAGUCAGGCUUUGGCCGAUCAUGGACUGUAUGCCGAGAUCAUUCCGAACACCUACCGCAUCCAGGACGUCUUUGGCAAUUCCAGGUCCUACUGUCCGAGGUGUAAACGUGUUUGGUCGUCUCAUAUCACCUGGAUCAAGUUUGACCUGCGCGGCCAGCGAGUCGUCAAGAACUGGAAGCAACGCUGCACAACUUGUGAUCAGGAUGUCAACCCGUACAUCACCAAGGAAGAGCUUUAUCGCAUGUCCUGCCUGGCCGUGAAGCGAGCUCAAGCCUUGAUGUCCGGUACAUGGCGACCGAUGGAUCAUACUCGACGCAGUCAGCCUCAUGACACCACAUCGUGUGAGAAAUGCCAGACGGGCAAGCAGCCUUGCUGGAUCGCCAAGCGCAAGCCGCAGCAAAUGCAGCCGGACCAAAUGCCGCCGGGUGUGUACGCUCCGCUGUGUCCGCCGGACGGGCCCUACCAGCCAACGUACUUUCACCCACAGCUCGCCGUGCAGACACCAGCGACACCACAGCCAGCAGCGGCAGCAGCAGCAGCCCCGGCAGGUUUGCAAGCCCAAGCAGUGUCGUACUACCAGCCGCAGUUCGUCGGCACAAUGUCGUGCACUCAGGUGGCACAGCCAGGAGCUAUCCAGGCCCAGCAAACGCAGCCGACGGCAGAUUUCAAUGGAUCUGCUGCGGGUAGUGUUGAGCAGCUCGACAGCACAUUGUCUAAGCUUAGCCUGCAGCAGGGCAAUCAAUCAACCAAUGCCCCGCGGCUGAUGCUAGCCAGGCCCUCCGCACAGGACAGGACACCGCACAUGAUCUCCGUGCAGAUUCCAGCUUACCAAGACGCGGGCGCUACUCACCAGCUCGCCAGCCAACAGGUAAAGUCCCAAACGGUAUCCUACUAUAUCCCGGCACCAGCCCAGGCAGCCAGCGCACAGCAGCAGCAACAACAACAACUACAACAACGACAACAACAACAACCAGUUAACCUCAAUCUUCAACAGCAUCACGAAUCGCAGAUUGAACAGACACAUGGACAAGAGCAACAGCAUCUAGUGCAGAAGCAGCCGCCGUAUCAGCAGCAAGCUCAACAGCCGCAGCCCCUGCUGCUGCAGCAGCAAGUGCAAGUGCAGCAAGCAGAGCAGCAGCAACUAGUGUUUGAGCAGGCAGAGUUUGCUGCUCAACAAUCGAGUCAACAGCAGCAGCAGCAGCAGCAACAACAACAGCAGCAGCAGCAACAACAACAGCAGCAGCAGCAGCUUCAGCAGCAACACAGAAUAUUUGCCACACAAGCGGCUAUCCAGUAUCAGCUGCAGAUGCAUCAGGGCCUGUGUAUACCAGUGCAGCAGUACCCAACACCGCCGGACACUGCAAACCAGUCGAUGGUCUCCGCUAGCGGCGAAAACUCCCCUCCUACAGCUGCUGCGGGCGCCGGCCCAGUUCACAUGCAAUAUCAAGCCAUACCAGUCUACCAGAGUGCUGGCAACAUAGCGGCCGGUGUCGCUCACUACAAUACCCCCACAGCAAUACAACACCAUCAAGGUCACACAGCCGCCGCCACACAAGCAGCAGCAGCGGCGCCAUACAUGCAGGCCAUGACCAGCACGCCCGUCGGAGCCUACCCGCAGUACAUCCAGUAUUCGCCGAUGACACCUGGCAUGCCGCAAACACUGGCUUACCCAGCUUAUCAGACGGUGGUGACUACACCAGACACGGUAAGCAACGCUGAACAAACACAGGCGUACAUUGAUGAAGGGCAAGACGAGGACAGUGGCUUGACCAGCGGCAUUGUCAUCGCCACCGACGACGACGACGGCGGCGAGACAGUCCGCAAGAACCAAACCCAGACCGCGCCGGCUGAGCUGGAUGCAGAUGACUCUGGCGUGCACGGGUUUUCCUCUCUUCUCUCGGACACCGCAGUGGAAAGCUAUUAGGACCAACACGAAUAGCAGAAGACACCUAUGACGUUCAACCAAAUGGUGCCAGAUGUUCCGGUUCCUGUCACGAAAAAAUAGAUCUAGUUUCAAUUGGUGAAAGAGAUUUACUGCUUCUUCAUCAUAGAUUUUAUCAUCUCGCUUGUUUUCGAGCUGAAAAGGACAUUUAUGUAACAUUUAUUCUCUAGAGCCAGCAUAUUUUUCUCCCCAGUCAAAACAAGGUACAUGUUAACCAAACGAAUAGAGAGAGAGAGAGAGAAAGAGAGAGAGAGAGGGAGAGAGAAAGCAAAGUAUUUUAUUAUUAUCUUCCUCGUUCUUCAUCACGUCCUGGAAGCGGCACCAUUGUUAUCCCACCGUGUUCCCAAUCCCCACAGCGUUAGCCCCGACAGGUGCAACGCAUUUUUUUAUUCCGACGUUCAACCUCUGCUGCGUUUGUUUUAGGCCUCUAUCAAGGCACUAGCGGCAUGUUACAUCCAAUUCCAUCUCUCCGAAAUCGAGAGAGAUAUCCUCCCCACCUUGAGCUCAUUCGUGGGUGCUAGCUUUUUUUAUUAUCUAGAGUAAAAAAUAAAAUAAAAAAUUCGA